GACCCGCAAUAAACCUUCGCCACAGUCGGGGGCAAGAAACUUCGACAUUUUGGAUUUAGGCGAGUUCGGUCCAGUGAAAUAGACCCAUGGCUGACAGGGAUGACGGACAUGGGCAGGAAGAUCGUGCGGAAAAUAUGGAGGAGGAGGUGGAGGGUGACAUUGGUCGAGGGGGAGCUGAAGGCGGCGCAGGAGGAGGCGGCCGCGAGCAGGAGGUCGAGGCCAUCGAGGAGGACGUGGCCCGAGGUGGCCAGGGACUCCCUCCUCAGGGCCAAGGGGCGCCGCCCUUGCUCGUGAUGGACGAAGAGGAGCUGCCGCAGGAGUUGGUCCUGAUGGAGGAGGUGGAAAUUGAGGAAAUUUCAGAUGAAGACAGUUGGGCACAGUAUGAGAGUUGUGAGGAAUCCGAUGGGGGCAAUGGCAGUGGUGGAGAGGACAAUGGAGAACAGUUCGAUGCAACACUCCCUUCCAGACAUGUUUACCUCGGUGAAACCCAGGAACUCAGGGGCCGCACAGUCCAAGAUGAAAAUGACUACGUGACAAUACCUCUGCUACUGCACAACUCCCUCAUGAACCUUGUGCUCAUACCCACACAGACUCUUCCCAUGACCAUCUUCCAUCCCCUACAUGUGUCCAUGUUGCGAAACGUCAUUGCCAAGGACCGCACUUUUGGCAUUGUUCACACCAAACUGAACCAAGAUGGAAACUCUGAGAUGGCACGCUAUGGCACCACAGCUGAGAUAUAUGAGUACCAAGAAGAGGAGCUUACUGGAGCCCUGACCAUCAAGGCAAAAGGGAGGCAGAGGUUCAGGGUUAUGUCUACGAGACAAGAGACAAGUGGAUUAAUUGUUGCAAGAGUAAAGAUCUUACCAGAGAUCCGAAUGGAGUGCCCUUUUGAGAUGGUGCGUCUUCGGUCUCUAGACAAACUUACACUACCUCGCCCACAAGAAGACAAGCCCUAUGUUGCACAUUCUCGUGACUUAGUAACUGUGAGGACAGCAAACAGCUGGCUUGUAAGGGGAAGAAAUGCAUGGUUGACACCUUGGCCAUCCUGGGUUUAUAAUCAGUAUGAUGACCUCUUGCUUGCCCAAAGACUUGUCAAUGAAAUAAAGAAGACCACCAUGAUACAACCUAACUUGCUGAAAUUACCCCGAGACCCUCAGGAGUUGUCUCACUGGGCAGCCAUCAACCUCCCUCUUGAUGAUUCCCACAGACUCACCCUUCUUGGUCUUAACACACCAACACAACGUUUAAGAUACAUACUGUCUGUUAUCAGUAAGUGUAAAAUGUUGAUUUGUGUCCGCUGCAAUGAAGUGAUUGGUGAUACAGCAGAUAUAUUCUCUAUGUCUGUGGAGGGACCUCAGGGAACUUUCGUAAAUCCUGGAGGUUAUGUUCACGAAAUGUUAACUCUUACCAAGGCCACUAAUCUCACUUACAAUGGGCGACCAUCCAUACAGCACUCAUGGUUUCCAGGGUAUGCGUGGACCAUUGCCAAUUGCUCAAGCUGUCACAGUCACAUAGGAUGGAAAUUCAAGGCAACAAACCGGAAAUUGAAGCCCCAGAAGUUUUUCGGCCUUACACGAAAGGCAGUUAGAGCUAAGCUGUUUUGGGAAGGUGAUGAGGGGGGAAAUGAGACUUGUGAUAUGGGCAUGACUUCAGGUUGAUUGAAGCAUUUUGUGCAAACUUAACAGAUGCAGCACGUAAGGAAGGGAAUCAUAACAUGGAUACCAAGUUAAGAUUUAUUAUUGUAUAACUUUCUCUGUGUAUAGGAGUAUUUCUUGAUUGUUAUGUUGUUUAAACUCAGAAGUAGUUUUCUGUGGCACAUUGUGUAAUUGUGUCUACACUUUACAUGCAAAUAUAGUAAGUUUCAUCAUAGCAUAUAUUGUAGUGUAAUACAAUAUAUUACACCAUUAUCUUAUGUAAGACCUUGAAAUAUUUAAACUUUUUCUCAACAGUGUUAUGAAGGGUUGUAAUAUUAAUGAAUAUCUAGUCAUAAAGACUCAAGUGAACUGUAUAGCCACACAAUGUUUAGAUGCAGCAUUUGUGUUCAGAAUUUUACUGUUGGGUGAGAAAGUCAUGAUGUUGAAAUGUGCCCAUUCACUGUUUUCUUGUUUAUGAUAUUAAUUCAUUUUUAUUCUUCUGAUAUUUGUGUUCCCCUUACGUAAUGUGAUGUAUUUUUUUCCAAGCUUU